ACCAAGUAGUGGAGUAUGGUGCUUCUUCCACGAAACUCACAUUCAUUCAUCCAUGACCCCCGUUAACGGCGGCUCUUACCUUCGCAUACCCAUUUCUUAUUAGUCAAUCCUCCAUUUUUUUCUUAAUAUUUCUCUACUACAAUUCAAUUUUCUCACGUCUCUCUCUCUCUCUAACAUCUCUCUAAUUCCCCCCCAAUUUCUCCCUAGAUCACCACAUGUUAUGACGGGCGGAAAUCUCCAAGCCGUCGUGGCCGCCAUUGCCAGCUUCUUCUUUAUCACCUUAGUACUGGCAGCAAUCUUCCUCAUCUGCAAAAACAACAAAAACAAAAAAGAUUCCACCAAUCAACACGAUCGGAAUAGUAAUACCCGAAGCAUUUCCAUUCCAGGGUUGACUUCCGUCACCGUUGACGAGAGCUUGUCCUUCGACCCGUCUCUCCAGGUUUCCAUGGCUGAAAUCCUCGCCGCCACAAGAAACUUCUCCGCCGAUCUCAUCGUCGGCGACGGCAGCUUCGGCCUCGUCUACAAGGCCCAGCUCUCCGACGGCCGCACCGUCGCCAUGAAGAAGCUCGAUCCCGACGCCUUCCAAGGAUUUCGUGAGUUUCGGGCCGAGGUGGAGACUCUCGGCAAUCUCCAUCACCGGAAUCUCGUCCGAAUUCUCGGUUUUUGUGUCUCCGGCGCCGAGAGGAUUCUGAUCUACGAGUUUAUUCAGAGGGGUAAUUUGGACUUUUGGCUUCACGACGACUCUGAGGUUCUACGAUUGCCUUUGUCUUGGUCCACGAGGAAUAAGAUUGUUAGGGGUGUUGCUAAUGGGCUGGCUUAUUUGCAUGGGCUUGAUAAGCCCAUUAUUCAUCGAGAUAUCAAGGCUAGCAAUGUGCUGUUGGACUCUGAGUUCGAGGCCCGGAUAGCGGAUUUUGGGCUGGCCCGGACGAUCGAAUCCUCGCAUUCCCACGUGUCGACCCAGGUGGCCGGCACGACGGGCUACAUGCCGCCCGAGUAUAGGGAGGGCUUCACGGUGGCGACGCCCAGGGCCGACGUGUACAGCUUUGGGAUUCUGAUGCUCGAGACCGCCACGGGGAAGCGGCCCAACUUGCCUAUGGGCGGCUCGGAGAUGGGAUUGAUCCAAUGGGCCAGGGAAAUGGUGGCCCAGAAUCGCGAGAUGGAAACGGUGGAUGUGAAUAUUUCGAGGGAGGGAUUGUUGGAGGAGGAUGUCAAGGAGUAUUUUAGGAUUGCUUGUUUGUGUGCCAAUGAGAUUCCGCGAGAAAGGCCCGCAAUGAAAGAUGUCGUCGGAAUGUUGACUAAAACUCCCGCUUGAAAAUUAAUCUUAGGGAAUAAGAGUAAGGAUAAUGUUUCCAAUGUAUAAUGUGAUUAAUUAUGAAAGGAAUGUAAAUUGGAGGUUGACAGUGGAUUAAAUUGUGUAUGUACAAUAUAAGUAAGGUUUAAUUGUAGGAUAUGUAUGAGAGUGAAAUUCAUGUUUAUUUGUAGUAUUUACUACAUUGUUUUCUGCCUAAACCUAAAGUCCUUAAUUAAGGGAAACGAAGGCCGUUUUUGCCUUGUAACGUUUGCCACAUUACUAUUUAUUUUCACCAAAAUAUGGUGUUAUUG